AGAGAGAGAGAGAGAGAGAGAGAGAUAGAGAGAGAGAGAGAUGAGCCUAAAAGGGAAAAUGAAAAGCUUUUUGUCUACAUGCAUAUAACAUAGUAGAUGGAAUCCACUAAAUUAUAUAAGAAGACACGCUUCUUCCACCCCCAAACCCUAAAUACCAACAACACUGCAACAGAAGAACUAGUUAAUUAGAAGAAAAAGAAAAUGGGAAGAGGGAAGAUAGAAGUGAAGAGGAUAGAGAACAACACGAGCAGACAAGUUACGUUUUCGAAACGUAGAUCCGGUUUGAUGAAGAAGACACACGAGCUUUCCGUUCUUUGCGAUGCUCAAAUUGGCCUUAUUGUCUUCUCUACCAAGGGCAAACUCACCGAGUACUGCACCCCUCCUCUCUGCAUGAAGCAGAUAAUCGACAGGUAUGUCAAGUCGAAGGGCAUUCCUAUCCCGGACCACAACAAUCGAGCCGGAGCAAUCGCAUACAAUGACCAAAUGUACAAAGAGUUGGCGCGAAUGAAAAACGAAACCCUGAAUCUGCAAUUGAGCCUGCAGAGGUACAAGGGAGAUGACCUCAGCACCGUACAUUUUGAUGAGCUAAGAGAACUCGAACACCAGCUCGAACAAUCCGUCAACAAAGUUCGUGCUCGUAAGUUCCAGCUUCUUCACGAGCAACUCGAAAAUCUCAAGAGGACGGAAGUACUGCUGGAGAAGGAAAACCAAGAAAUGUACCAAUGGCUAAUGAGUAACCAGAUAGAGAAGCAAGCAGAAAUGGAGGCACAACAGCAACAAAUAGCAAUGACAGAACUGAAGCUGGUCGAACAACAGCCGUUGAUGAACCAGUUCCCGUUUUUCGGAGAAGAUCUUCACCUCGGAAAUUUACCCGAUCAACAACUUCACACACACACGUACCGCCUUCAACCUACUCACCCGAAUCUCCAAGAUUCCACCCAAAUCGAGUGAUUAUGUUGCAUGCAUGCAAGGGAUUGAGUUUAAUGAAGAAGCUAGUGUAAUUUGUUUUGUGUGUUUGUUAGUUAUAAAUAUUUAUGACAGACCAAGAUAUAUAUAUUUAUAUACUAGUAAAUAUAUUUAGUAUAUAUAUAUAUAUGUAAUUAUGGUUUAAAUACUGUUCAAUGUUC